UAAAUUGGAACGGAGCGAGUACAUUAUUUCUCUUGUUGCUCCGUCGACGUAAAAGGAAAUAAACUAAAGAAAAAUUAAAAAUCUCUGCCAUGUAAAUUAUCAAAAAGGAAAUAUUCGAAAAGUGACCAUAAUGAGACCUCGAAUUGGGUAUUGCUAAAAAGGGAUUUGGAUUUGGAUUGCUGCAGAGGUUGACUCAUGAUCAUGACUAAAACAACUAUAAAAACUGUUGCUUUAUACUUAAACCAUAAUUCUGGAGAAACCUAUUCUGAAAGAUUUGGACUUUGAGAAAAAUUGGGAUGGCAAAUUGUAGAAUGGGAAAUGAAAAUACAUAGUGGAAGCAAAGAAUGAAGAGGAAGGAAUAGUGUUUCUUCUCUUGCAAAAAUGCUAUCCCAUUCUUGUGGCUGUUUCGGAACCUGGAAGUCAUUUUCGCGAAGAGUACAUAUGAAUAUGAUGGACAUCCAUGUUGUAGAGUCUGCAGCAAGGAAGAUGGAAGAAUGUAGGAUUUGCCAUGAUGGUGAUGAAGAUUCUAAUAUGGAGAUUCCCUGUUCUUGCCGUGGAACCCUCCAGUAUGCACAUCGCAAAUGUGUACAGAGGUGGUGCAAUGAGAAGGGGGACACCAUCUGUGAAAUCUGCCGCCAGAAUUUUAAGCCAGAUUAUACAGCACCAGCUCCUCUUUUUUGCGGAUUUCCAACGAACAUGAGAGGAAACUGGGAUAUUUCCAUGGGUGUGGUUGAUUAUCCUCAUUUUACUGCAUUGGUUUCUGCAGACCACAAUUUUAUGGAUUAUGACUCAGAUGAGUAUUCAGCAUUUUAUCCCAGAAGUUUGAUAUGCUGCCGUAUUGUUGCCAUAACUUUUGUGCUUCUACUGAUGUUGCGUACAAUGCUGCCAAUAAUAUUUGGUGUUGCUGGAGAUAACUCGGUAACAUUGGUCAUGUUGUAUGUGUUGAAAAUCAUUGGAAUCCUACUGGCAAUCUAUGUAUUGGUGAAAGCUUUAAUUGCUGUACGACGCCGGAUGCAUCAACAGGAACAGCACAGAACUGCAUAGACACAGCAAUGCUGUUUAUCCAAUGAAAUUUGCAGUAACUGAUAACAGCACUCAUAAACACAUGUAUAAGAGUAACACUUUGACAGUUUGAUUUUGAAUUACAGAGAAAGAUAUUUUUAACUUGCCAACAACAACAACAUACCCAGUAUAAUCCCAUUAGUGGGGUAUGGGGAGAGUAGAAUAUACGCUGACCUUACCCCUACCUUAGUUUCCGAUAGACCCUCGGCUCAGGAUAAUACAAAAACAAAGCAGGUCAAAACGGAAAAGGAACAGUAACUACAGCAAAACAGUACGCUAAGCAAACAACAAAUUUUUUAACCUGCCAGUGAGAUAUUAGUAUGACAGAUACAUAAGAGUGAAAAAUAUGAUAUCAGACUGACUUGGACGUGUUUUAUGAAGUAACACUUAUAGCCCAAACCUGAAUGAAUAUUACUUGCAAAAAUUAACUCUGCUACGA